AGAUCGUGUUUGCACUUGGAUUUUGGAUAUGACAUGGAGCCAGGCAGGUGUUGUUGUUCUCGCUGGAGGUGCAAAGGUCGACUCGCAAGACGAUGGAAUUCAUGUUUGUGUCGGUUUCCUCGAUGUUGGGAACGAAGAUAUUCCCGCGAGGUUCACCAAACUCUUGGAUGUGAGACGCGAAGUUGUUUCAUCGAAUUUCGAAGCGUCUUUAUCGGCGCAUCGUCUUCUUGCUGCGGGCGGGUUCCUUGCAGUGUAUCAUCCUACAUUCUUGUGUUGCCUUUCCGUUGACAAAGGUGUUGGGAAGAGGAUGACGUGUUUUCAAAUCGAAAAUGAUACGCUGGUUGGCUGGGGAGUCGCGGGAGAGUCGAAUGAUGAAGCUGCGUCU